GUGCUGGAGAGUCAGGGAAAAGCACCAUCGUGAAGCAGAUGAAGAUUAUUCACGAGGAUGGCUACUCGGAGGAGGAAUGCAAACAGUAUAAAGUGGUUGUCUACAGCAAUACUAUCCAGUCCAUCAUCGCCAUCAUAAGAGCCAUGGGAAGGCUAAAGAUAGACUUUGGGGAAGUUGCCAGAGCAGAUGAUGCCCGCCAGUUGUUCGUCCUGGCCGGGAGCGCGGAGGAGGGCGUGAUGACGGCCGAGCUGGCCGGCGUGAUCAAGCGGUUGUGGAGAGACGCCGGGGUGCAGGCCUGCUUCAGCAGAUCCAGAGAGUAUCAGCUCAACGACUCCGCGUCGUAUUACCUCAAUGACUUGGAUAGAAUAUCCCAGCCGACCUACAUCCCGACGCAGCAGGACGUCCUGCGGACCAGAGUGAAAACCACCGGCAUCGUGGAGACGCACUUCACCUUCAAGGACCUGUACUUCAAGAUGUUUGACGUUGGCGGGCAGCGGUCGGAGCGGAAGAAGUGGAUCCACUGCUUCGAGGGCGUGACAGCCAUCAUUUUCUGCGUGGCCCUCAGCGACUACGACCUCGUGUUGGCAGAGGACGAGGAAAUGAACCGGAUGCACGAGAGCAUGAAACUGUUUGACAGCAUUUGCAACAACAAGUGGUUUACAGACACCUCCAUCAUCCUCUUCCUGAACAAGAAAGACCUGUUUGAGGAAAAGAUUAAGAAAAGCCCACUAACGAUCUGCUAUCCCGAGUACACAGGCUCCAACACGUACGAGGAGGCAGCUGCCUACAUCCAGUGUCAGUUCGAGGACCUGAACCGGAGGAAAGACACCAAGGAGAUCUACACGCACUUCACCUGCGCCACCGACACCAAGAACGUGCAGUUCGUGUUCGACGCCGUCACGGACGUCAUCAUCAAAAACAACCUGAAGGAGUGCGGGCUCUACUGA